UAGAAAACGAGAAACACAUGUUUGUAUAAGUUUGAGAAUAAAUAUCCAAAGAGAUGGCACUCCGUACUGGUGAUUCCCACACCAGUAGGAAUGGAUAACUAUUGACCACACAAAAAACAGCUAGAACGGAAAGGACACAAAUCUAGUCAGCAGAUGUAAGAAAUUCCAAAGCCUUAUCCAUUCGACAGGAACUUUUUCUUAUCUACCCUGCGACGACGACGACGACGACGACGAGUCACCGCAUAUAGAUUAGCCAUAUCAUAUACCCAGUUUCAGUAUCCCCCAUCUGUCCUUCGACAUGGCCUCUCUGUUUCAGUUUCUCCUCAUCUUGUCUUCUCUUUUGUCACUAACAACUGCUGUAGUCAUUCCGGUAACAAAACAUGCUUCAACUCUUCAAUACGUCACCCGAAUUUAUCACGGCACUGCCUUAAUGCCUCUCAAGCUUGUUGUUGAUCUGGGCGGUCCAUUCCUCUGGCUUGAUUGUUCAUCGUCAUCUGGUUCUUGCCGUCCGAUCCCAACUCGUUCGAUGCAGUGCUCAAGAGCAAUGGCCCAACGUCUUAGCGGUACUAAGCCUCGAUGUGAGCUUCUCACAGAAAAUAGAGUCAACCGAUUGUCAUCAAAGGGGGAGCUAAUCGAAGAUAUCCUUGCCUUCCGAUCCAAAAACGGGUCAAAGUGGAGCAAAAUCAACGAUUUCAUCUUCUCGUGUGCACCGUCGGUGCUUAAAAUGGGUCUUGCAAGUGGGACCGGAGGAAUGCUUGGCCUCGGGAGGUCUCCGAUUUCAUUACCAUCACAGCUUGCCACGACGUUUGACUUCCAACGGAAAUUCGCCGUCUGCCUAUCGGCAUCAGACGGUGCGAUUUUAUUGGGUGAUUGGGAUUCCGCUAUUGACCCCAAGAUUUCAAGAUCGUUAAUGUACACACCCCUCGUCAACGCUGACCGAUUUGGCAAGUCCCACGAUUAUUUCAUAUAUGUAAAAUCCGUCAAAAUCAACGGCGAGAGAUUAUCGAUCGGCGCCGGAGAAGCUAAAAUUAGCAGCGUCGUUCCUUACGCUACUAUGGAGAGCUCAGUAUAUGCCAGUUUCGUAAACGCAUAUUUAGAGGCUGCUACUAAUUAUGUGAAUAUGACGAGAGUGGCGUCCGUUGCUCCUUUUGAGGUUUGUUUCAGCUCGGAGGGCGUUUCGAGAGGUCCCCAUGGUCCAACGGUGCCGGUGAUCGAUCUGGUGUUGCAGAGCGAGAUGGUGAAAUGGAGGAUUUAUGGGAGGAACUCAAUGGUGGCAGUGAACGAUGAGGUUAUUUGUUUGGGUUUCUUGGACGGAGGCUUGAAGCCGACCAGCUCAAUUGUAAUCGGAGGCUUCCAAUUGGAGGAUAAUUUAGUUGAAUUUGAUUUGGGUAUUUCGAUGUUAGGAUUUAGUUCGUCUUUACAGCCUUGUUCUGAUCUUGUAAGAGACACAGAUUCCUCGCUCAAGAAAUCGACUCGAUAAUCUUGUACUUUUAAAGGAUAAAUAUGAGUUGAAUCCAACCAAAUCACUUUGCCAA